UAGCCACGAACCAAUGGGUGGCUGCUUUCGGAGAGGAUGCGCAACAGGCUGGGCCCCAUCUGGGCGAAGCACAACCACUGAAUUUAGGCAACUUUUCCCCCCUUAGACUGCCAACGUCAACCAAUUAAGGUUUAUUUUCAUGUCAUUUCUACUAAGAAGGGUAGUUAGAUGAGAAUAGCUGCGCCCACUUUGUGUUUUAAGAGUACACUCAGUUCGAGGCCGGGGCAUGGAUGAAGUACGGCCUAGCAGCGGUGCCCAAGCGCCGGGGCUAGUGUCGUUGUUUCCCCCAGGACUGCAGGCUAUCUACGGGGAAUGUCGGCGACUUUAUCCCGAGCAGGCGAACCCCCUUCAAGUAACAGCCAUUGUAAAAUACUGGUUAGGAGGUCCAGACCCGUUAGACUACAUCAGCAUGUAUCGAAAUAUGGGCUGUCCAUCCCAGGACAUCCAGGAGCAUUGGCAUUAUGUAAGCUUCGGCUUAAGUGACCUGUAUGGAGACAACAGGGUCCAUGAAUUCACAGGGUUAGACAAACCCAGCGGCUUUGGCUUUGAGCUCACCUUUAGACUCAAAAGAGAGACGGGAGAGACGGCACCACCGACCUGGCCCGCUGAGCUCAUGCAAGGCUUGGCGCGCUAUGUUUUCCAGUCUGAGAACACGUUUUGUAGCGGUGACCAUAUAUCAUGGCACAAUCCCCUCGACAACAGCGAAUCUCGUAUCCAGCACAUGCUGCUCACAGAGGACCCUCAAAUGCAACCUAUUCAAACUCCUUUUGGCACUGUCAGCUUCCUCCAGAUUGUAGGUGUUUGUACAGAGGAGCUACAUGCGGCCCAGCAGUGGAACGGCCAAGGCAUCUUGGAACUUAUGCGAGGCGUUCGAGUUGCUGGUGGUCCCUGGCUGAUCACAGACAUGAGGAGGGGGGAGACCAUCUUUGACAUUGAUCCUCACCUACAACAGGAGAGAGUGGACCACGGCAUCGAGACGGAGGGCUCCAACCUGAGCGGGGUCAGCGCCAAAUGCGUGUGGGACGAUUUAAGUCGGCCGCCCGACGACGAGGAGGACAGUCGAUCUAUCUGCAUCGGGUCGCAGCCGCGAAGGCUCUCCGACAAAGACACAGAACAGAUCAGGGAGACCUUAAGGAAAGGCCUGGAGUUUAACACUAAGGCAGCACUACCCCCCAUAAACAGCCAGAGACACGACAGACCUCAAAGUCGAAAAGACAGUUUAGACAGUGAGAGCUCAACAGCCAUCGUUCCUCACGAGUUGGUUCGAACGCGACAGUUGGAAAGUGUCCAUCUGAAGUUUAACCAAGAGUCGGGCACAUUGCUUCCUCUCUGCUUAAGGGGUCGCUUGCUCCACGGAAGACAUUUUACGUUCAAAAGUAUCCAUGGAGACACGGCCAUUACAUUUGUGUCUACUGGGGUGGAGGGAGCUUUUGCUACUGAGGAGCAUCCCUACGCGGCCCAUGGCCCCUGGCUGCAGAUAUUGUUGACAGAAGAGUUUGUGGAUCAGAUGCUUGGUGACAUUCAUGACCUCAACACUUGUGAGGAUACCAAAUUACCAAAGGAGUACAGUUGGCCAGAGAAGAAGCUGAAGAUCUCGGUCUUACCAGACUCUGUGUUUGAUAGCCCUCUGCAAUGAGGAAGAGUAAUCACUACAAGCAACAACUCCAAACCUGCACAUAAACACACUCAAUAGAACACUGACUUUGAGUUGACACCCCGCUGACAAGUGAACUCCCAAAAUGACUGAUAAUCUACACGCAGCCUGCAUAUCCACAUGGUUGACCAUUUUCAUAAGUGCCUGCAGCCAGGCUGCGCCAAGUCUCAGAUCCAAAUUAAAAACAUUUCACAAUGCAGGCAUCAAUGUCACAAGCAGUAACUUGUGUUCUAUUUAUUCCAGUGGCCACAGUCAAGUCAAAAAAAAAGUCAGCUACUGAUCCCUUUUAACAGAUGUUGUGUUUGAUAUCGCCUUUAAAAAUAGACUUAACAAAUGCUGGACAUGUUUUGUCUUUAUCAUGCCAAAGUAAUAGCUGUCGUGAUACAUUAACAGCUAUCAUUCACUGUCGGUGCAUUGUUAAGUGUGAAGUAAACCUUUCAACUCUUUUCUUUUACAUGUACAGCAGCCUUUUCACCAAUGUGCCAACAUGGAGGACGUGUCCUUUCACUCUUGUUUACAUUUAGCAAUAACUAGUUUUAGUGUUUGAAGACGGUAAUCUCAGGCUUUACCUUCCGUAGUUAAGUUGUUGUUGUCAUUUAUAGGACCUCCGUGACGAUGAAUAGGAGCAUAACUGUACUUUGAGUUACAAAAGGACCACAUACUUAAGUGUUGACUGUUACUGCAUCAUGAAGCUCUUGGAUUUUCAUCCAAACAACAAAAUUGAAGAGACUACUCUCUCAUGACAUUGUAUUUUUAUAGAACGUAUGUGCUGUUACGCUUCAUUGUAUGAGACGUAUUUGUUUUUGUCGGUCUUUUUUCCUUUUGUGUGACACAUUUAGAUAUUUUGUUAUUUACUAUCUUAUUCGACUGAACUUGCUGAUUAUAAUCCCAAGUGCAUUAAAGAGUGUAUUUACACCAAUAAAGCUGGAACACAGAGAAAACCA